GCUCACCUAAUCCUAAUCCUAAUCCGCAGUCCAAACAAAUCUUGGAUCCCUUCUUUGCUCCGUCCUCUCAAAUCUCCACUUCUCCAUCCGUCCUCCCCUCGUCUUAUUCUACGGAGCUAAACCCUAGAUCCCCCGCCCGACCGCUAAAACCCUAGCAAACGGAGUUUCGUCGCGUGCGAUUGGAGUCGUCGUCGGGGAGAGGAUGGCCGAGCCCUCCAGGGUGAUCCACAUCCGUAACGUCGGGCAUGAGAUCUCCGAGAGCGAUCUGCUCCAGGUGGUGCAGCCCUUCGGCACGGUCGCCAAGCUCGUCAUGCUGCGCGCCAAGAACCAGGCUCUUGUCCAGAUGGAGGAUUUGGCGGCUUCCGUCAGCGCCAUCCAAUACUACACCACCAUUCAACCUAGCGUAAGGGGAAGAAAUGUAUACUUGCAGUACUCAUCUCACCAAGAACUGACUACUGAUCAGAGCUCUCAUGGAAGGAAUCCUGAUCAGGACGAACCCAACCGAAUUCUCUUAGUUACUGUUCAUCAUAUGCUCUAUCCUAUGACUGUCGAAGUGCUUCAUCAAGUGUUUUCUCCUUAUGGAUUUGUGGAGAAGAUUGUCACAUUUCAAAAGUCAGCUGGUUUUCAAGCCCUCAUACAGUUUGAAUCACGCCAAAGUGGAAUACAAGCAGCUGGUGCUUUGCAUGGACGAAACAUUUAUGAUGGUUGCUGCCAGCUAGACAUUCAGUAUUCAAAUCUCACCGAGUUGCAAGUUCACUACAACAAUGAUAGAUCUAGAGAUUUCACAAAUCCGUCUUUGCCCACAGAGCAACGUCCAAGAUCUUCUCAGCCUGGUUUUAAUGAUCCUAGUGGUCUUUUUGGUUUCCAACAGCCUGGAGCUGCAUAUGCACAGAUGGGCCAGGCUGCAAUGGUUGCUGCUGCAUUUGGUGGAACAUUGCCUCCUGGAGUGACUGGUACCAAUGAUCGCUGCACACUUAUAGUUAGCAACUUGAACAGUGAUCGAGUUGAUGCGGAUAAGCUCUUCAAUCUGUUUUCUAUUUAUGGAAAUAUAGUGCGGAUCAAGGUACUCCGCAAUAAGCCAGACCAUGCCCUUGUCCAGAUGGCUGAUGGGCUUCAGGCUGAGCUUGCUGUACACUAUUUAAAGGGAGCAAUGCUACUCGGACAGAAACUGGAAGUUAACUUCUCUAAAUACCCUACUAUUACCCCAGCUCCUGAUGCAAAUGACUACUCAACUUCCAACCUUAACCGGUUCAACAGUAACGUGGUUAAGAACUACCGCCACUGCUGUGCCCCAACCAAGAUGAUCCACAUCUCAGCGCUUUCACAAGAAAUUACCGAGGAUGCGAUCCUUGAUCAUGUAAGUGAGCACGGCACUGUCGUCAAGUCAAAACUGUUUGAGGCAGGUGGCAAGACGCAGGCUCUUGUGCAGUUUGAAAGUGAGGAAGCGGCAACCGAAGCACUCGUCUGUAAGCAUGCAAGCAAGCUUGAGGGGUCUACCAUUAGAAUUUCAUUCUCCCAGAUGCAGAACAUAUAGAGGUUCUUCCUGGAAUGCGGGGAUUUGAAAAAGAAAAAAAAAAUGCCCCCUCUUCUCUGUAAACUUUUGAACUUCUUUCUGUCAACCUAGCUUUGUCUGCACCGUGACAAAGGAUUGUUACUCUGUCUUGACUCAAAUCUUGUGUGAUGCGUGUAAACUGCUUCAUUUGUACUAUGUUAGCCUUCUAUGGUUUGCUUCUGUA